CUUUCGCGUUCGCUCGCGAUUCCCAAAUCCCGAUGCCUCCGCUUCGCAAUUAGCCCUCCUCCUCCUCCACGGCCGCGACAGCAGCUCUCGCCGCCCGCAUCUCGUCGCCGUCCAUGUCGUCGUCGGCCUCGUCCACCCCUCGGGCCGGCGGGGGAGGCGGGAGCGGCGGGGGGCAGCACACGCCGCCACUGCCGCACCCGGCGGCGCACGGGAACGGGCAUGGGCAUGGUGGAGGUGGAGGUGGCGGUGGGGGUAGAGGGGGAGGGGCAGAGCACGUGCGGCUGAUGUGCAGCUUCGGCGGCCGCAUCCUGCCGAGGCCGGGGGACCACCAGCUCCGCUACGUCGGCGGGGAGACCCGCAUCGUCUCCGUCCCGCGGGCGGCCACGUUCGAGGUCCUCGUCGCGGCGCUGGCCAAGGUCGCGCCCGCGCUCUUCCCGCAGGGGGGGACCUGGCCGGCGCUCAGGUACCAGCUCCCCCAGGACGACCUCGACGCGCUCAUCUCCAUCACCUCCGACGACGACGUGGACAACCUCAUCGAGGAGAUCGACAGGUUCCAGGGCCUCGCCGCCGCCACCCUCAAGCCGCCGCGCCUCCGCCUCUUCCUCUUCGCCUCCUCGCCGGACCACUCCGCGGCCGCCUUCGGCUCCGUCCUCUCCGGCGCCUGCGCCGGCGACGCCUCCUCCGACCAGUGGUUCGUCGACGCGCUCAACGCCCCCGCGCCGGCGCCCAUCGAGCGGGGCCGAUCCGAGGCCUCCUCGAUCAUCUCCGAGGUCCCCGACUACCUCUUCGGCCUCGACACCACCUCCGACGAGCCCAGCCCCGGUCCAGGAGGAGCCCGCCCCAAGGUCGAAACAGAGAUGGCGCACGGCGAGGACGACGCGCUUUCUCGCUCCACCCCGCCGGCCCCGUACGUCACAGAGACCACACCAUGGCCGGCACCGCCGCCGCCGUACAUGACGCAGCAGGUGUACUACGUCCCCGUUCGCCCGGUCCACCACUACCUCGAUCCGUCUUCCCAGGGCGGCUACAUGCCAGGUCCAGUCUAUCACAUUGUCGGUGGCGGAGGAAGCGAGGCGCGGGGAGAUCUCUACUCAACCACCGGCACCGGCGGCGUCUACGGCGUCCCGCACCCCAUGCAGCCGUUCCCGCCGAUGAUGUACGGGCACGCGCCGCCGCCCGGCUCGGUGGUCUACUCGUCGGAGGGGAAGCCGCCGGCGGAAGGUGGGGCCCACCCCGCGUAGGCCGCGCAAGUGGAGGGAGGCAGAGCACGGCGCGCAUGAGCUGUUCCUGGAGCUGAGCUGGUCCCGACUCCUGAGCUCUUUGAUUCUCGUGAUUGCAUAUGCAUAUCCUACUAAGAAAUUUUUGCAUUGCCAUUGCCGUGUGGUGAAUUUUUAUUUCUAUUUUUAUAUAUCUUGGUUGGUUUCUGUGGGUUGAUGUAUAGAUGAGGGAGGUGGAGCGGAGGAGGAUGGAUUGAUAUUGCAAUUUUCGGUCAAGUGAAAAUAGAUUGGAUAGUUAUUAUUAUAUAAUAGUAAGUACAUCUGGUGUGAUUAAUUAGUAUCAAGUUAAUGUAAUAUGGAUUCAUAUGUUCUAGGUGGUUCCUACCUGAGGAAGUGAAAUUUUGUGUGCAUAAAGAUGGAUGCUCCAUGGAUUAUCAUACUUGUGAGUUGUGACCCCAUUCUUGUGAUGUUCUACUGUGUACCUGUGUCCUGUGCACUGGAAGAGACAUGGUAGGCUCCCACCGUUUCGCUUCUGUCACUUUUUAUAA